AACUUAAGAAACGUGCAUUUACUUUUUGGUCCCUCUUAGAAGUCUCUUAUUACGCCUCUUCCCUCUUUCUUAGCAAUAUUUACCCACUUGCUCUUCACUCAUUGCUCACUCUCUGCUCAGCCAUUAUAAAGGAAUUAUCGAGGACCAAAGUUCGACAUGGGUCAGAUCCAGUAUUCAGAGAAAUACUUCGAUGACACUUACGAGUACAGACACGUUGUUCUUCCUCCUGAUGUGGCCAAACUGCUCCCCAAGAAUCGCCUCCUCUCUGAGACUGAAUGGCGUGCAAUUGGAGUUCAGCAGAGCCGUGGGUGGGUUCACUAUGCCAUUCAUCGCCCUGAACCACACAUCAUGCUCUUCCGGAGGCCUUUGAACUAUCAGCAGCAGCAAGAGAAUCAGCAAAGCAUGCUUGCUAAGUGAUUUUACUUUUUAAAUGUCAAAAUGGAGAAUAGGAAAUAUUUAGGGUUUAAAUGUUUUGGGAGUUCUGGUACUGUAUUGUAUUUUAGUUCGCCCUACCAAUUCUAUGCUUAGCCUUUAUUUGGUGCAUGGCUGUGGUGUCGACAUCUUUCAUGUCACUGAUGCUACUGGUUUAGAUAUGUGAUGGAGUACUUCUCGUGUACUGCUUGUGGAUGAAAAACCACUGGUGGAAUUUGAAUGAUUAAAAGCUUUUUAUUCUAUCA